AUCAUGGCAAAUAACAAAAUACAACCGGUUCAGCCUUCCUCGGGGAAAAAACAGUCGCCUUCAAUGGAAUCGCUGAAUGAAUCUCAACUUAAUGCUGUCAUCAUGGAUAUGUUACAUGUCAACGAAAACUGGAACAGAUGUGAGAUCAUUUGUCGCGGAAAUCCAAUCACGGACGCCGGGAAGCGAUUACACAUGUUCAAGAUGUUGACAGUUGUAUUGGUUCCAGUAGUUGUACUUACUGGUAUGACAGCCAAUACCUUUAUUGUCUCCCUUGACAACUACAUCAGCUUGUCAAACAUUCGGAAUAUCCUCUACUUUAGUAUUGAGUUAGGAUGGUUGCUACGUAUGAUGCAGCGAGAACGUGAUAUCAGCGCCCUCUACAUCAGUAGUAAGAGUCCUCAGACGAAAGAUUUCUUGUUAGAUCGAUACCCGGAUACUGAUGUCGGACUCCAGAAUCUGUCUUUUUGGCCUACCAGCGAGACGAUCGUCAGGAGAGAAUUCCAAACAAAGGAAAGUUUUCUAUCCUACCUCAACCGACAUCGAUAUCAAUUGGAAUCGUACAAUCGAACAUCAAAAGACGAAGUGGCGUUUUACUCCGACAGCAUCGAGGUCUUCAUCAAAUGGUUGUACCAGGCGAUCGUUGAAGCGCGUUCUGGAACGGUAUGGCCAACGCUGGUUGCGUAUCAGGAAAUUGUGGUUGCCAGUGAGUACUUCGGGAGAGAAAGAGGACUAGGGGUAUCAUUUUAUGCGAUAGGUGGCUUUUUGACUCGAGAUGAAUAUCUUGACUUUGUGGAAAGUCAGGAUAUUGCUAACAUCACAUUUGAAUCUGCAAGGCGAUAUUCAGAGCUCGCUUACAGUAUCUAUGAAGACACACUUCUGCGGAAUUCAAGUGUAAUUCAGCCUAUCAAUGAAAUGAGAAGCGAAAUAAGGAGUAAUAAGAGUUCAGCAAUCAAGGGAUCGUUCAAAUAUGCGAACUGGUGGUUUGAAAACAUGACUGUUUACCAGGACACUCUUCGAGAGGUACAAAUCCGCCUCGCCUCGGAAAUCGAUGAGAUUUUGCGUAUGGAAGCUGAGGAAGACUUGCGGAAUAUAGUUUUCAUUUCUGUCGUGUUCGGGAUCAUCCUGAUCCUCUGUCCACUGAUUGUGUUUGCUGUGUACUCACUGACCUCGGAGAUCCAGAAGUACUCUAUAUCAAUUGCGAAUCGAACCAAGGCUCUGAACAAAGAAAAGAAACGCACUGACACUCUGCUGUACCAGAUGUUACCACGUUCCGUUGCCGAACGGCUGAAAAGAAACGAAGAAGUUGGGGCCGAAAAUUACCCUGAUGCAACUGUCUUAUUCAGCGAUAUUGUUGGGUUCACACAGAUCGCUUCGCAGUGCUCCCCAAUGCAGGUGGUCGACAUGUUGAAUAGUCUCUACCUGUGCUUUGACGAACGACUGGAACUGUUCGACGUGUAUAAAGUUGAGACGAUUGGAGACGCUUACAUGGUCGUAUCUGGUGUACCGAAGCUUAAUGGCCGCCGUCAUGCUGCAGAGGUAGCGACCAUGGCCCUGGAUAUUCUGGAACAUAUUGACCGUCUAGAAAUCCCUCACUUACCCGGGACAAAGUUUAAGCUGAGGAUUGGUUGUCACUCAGGUCCUGUCGUGGCUGCAGUAGUUGGUACCAAGAUGCCUCGCUACUGUCUAUUUGGGGUUACCGUCAGCAUAGCCUCUAUGAUGGAGUCUCUUGGAAAAGCAAAUAAAAUUCACAUCAGCGAGUCAAUGCAUGACCUUCUGAGUGAACUUGGUGGUUUCCUUGUUGAGCAGAGACACGAUCUCCCUUUGAUGCUGGAAAAUGAGCUGAAAAACGCCAUCCGUGGCAGGGUAAGGACAUACUGGCUGCAGGACCACGAGGGUGGCCAUCGACUAGGUUCUUUCAACUCUCUUUCAUCUUUCGAAUCUCGAUGAAGUGACAAGUUGUCACGAUGUCUGGUGUUGUUGUCAUUUAUCAUAGGACGCUAAGAUUUUAAAAUCUAAUUUUAAACAUGUAAAUAGCUGACCAUUAUAUAUUUGUGUGUUGUUCAACAGAAUAACUGCACAUCUGAUUUAACGAGGCUAUACACAAAGGUCCCGAAAACAGACAUAGUAUGUAAAGCGUCACACAGAAAUUAUUUGGAAAGUUAACAAUUUUGCAUUAAGAGAUUCAACGGAACAAAUUCAGUGGAACAUUUGAAACAGAUCUAAGAGGCAAAAGUUGACAUUGAAAAAAGAAUAUCCUUUGGGCGCUUUUAUUUCCCCUUCUAAAAUAUAGCAUGCUCUCCUCCUAUUGGUCUUAUAACUUUUAUAUCCGUUUAAGUACAUAAGUGGUUAAAUGUGUCCAUGCUUUAUGUAGUACUUUUCUAUUUGUUUCUUCCCUGGGUGUUUACUCUUUUAUAUAUAAAGUAUGUGAAUCAUUAUUCAAGAUUGAGUCCCACCUCACUUCUCGAUAGCAACAUUACAUGAACCGAUUAUAUCUUUAUUCACUCCGUUCUGCUCCUAACCUUAAACUUAAGUCAGGUCGGGCACAUAAUAAGUUUCUUGAACUCAUUGCAUAUUCUUUUAUUCUUACAACUGUAUGUGUAGUAAAUGUUAACUACAUAUCGUUGCAAAUAAAAAAAUGUACAAGUCACCAAGUUUCCGUAGUAACACGAAUGCUAUCAGCAAUAAUGCAUGUUGAAAAUAAAGGGUAUAUGUUAGUUAGUAAAGGGAUGCAAUUGCGAUCUCAUUAUUAUAUGAAAGAACUUAUCAUUAUUGUUGAGGUGUUGAAUAUAAAUAUAUGAGCGAGUAGAGAUAGAUAAAUAAAUUAAGCCAUCUAAAGAGCAUACCAUCGCUAUUUAAGUAUACUUGUGACAAGUGUAAGGUAUAAGGCAUUCAAUCGCAUUUACUUUCAAUUCAACGAACACGUUGAUUCGAUUCCACAAGACACGCAAUGACUGACAGUGGCGUGCUAUUAUAACCUUAUUGUUUUUUGGCUACCUUUGAUUGCUUACACACAUAACAUCUCCAGCACAAACGCAGGCAUAUACACAUAGGGAGAUAUUAGCAAGGUGGCAUAGGACUAGUAGUUAGCGACCGAUAAGGCAGAUCCUGUCAAUUCCUCAGAAUUGUAUUGGUUUGCGUAUUUGCUAAGUUUUUUAAUUGUAUAUAUAUGUAGUGUAGAGCGCAUUAGAGUGGCUUAUGUAAGCAAGAUAGGGCGCUAUAUCGAAUGCUGUAUAUUAUUAUUAUUAUUACAUAGUAUCUUACAUAUGUCAGGUAUGUUUUAUUGAUAUCCCCUAAAAUCAUAUUAUACUUAUGUAUCAAUACUUUCUUGUUAUAUCAUAUAUUUAAGCAAUGAUUGUUUAAGCAAAUGUUGUUAUGCCGGUUUAUGUAAG